CUCAACUUGGGUUUAUUCAGUUCAGUGAAAAAUUAGUUCGGUCAGUGCGCGUCCAGGCAACAAGUGAUUUAGUCAAAUUCCGAGCGCGUAUUCCUUUCGCGAUAGUACCGCUAUUCCACGUACAACCUAAUCACGAUAUAGUUUACAUAUACUAAAAUUGCUUACAACUAAUUAUUUGAUAUCGCACAAAUUAAUUCAAAAGAUGUUUCAAGCAUACUUAACUAUUUAAUAUUUCAAUAGAAGAAAAUGAAUUUCCUAGUGCACUUCGAUACAAGUGAAAUGACCACUUGAUUGUGUCGCCAGAAUCUACCAUUCAAAAUGAAAAGAAUUCAUGACACGUUCAGUAUGGUUCAAGCUAUCACCGUUCUUACGAUUCUAAAGAUGCUCGCCAAUGCCCAGACGACAUGUAAUGGCGGAUCGGGUCGAGUUGUCUAUGAGAGAUUACCGGAUCAACAACUUCAAGGUUUCGACGAUGACGUAGUAAGAGAUUCCGCGCCGCCAUUCAGAGUACUGGAGAAAUGUCAAGAGCUUUGUUUGAGAGACAGAACUGCAACGAAUAAUCUCGUGAGAGCUUGCACGAGCUUCGAUUUUCAACCCGGAAGUAGAAUAGCAUCGUUCAGUGGUGCUGCCGAGUACGAGGAGAGCACUUGUUAUCUAACGAGAGAGCAAGCUCAGCCAGAGGGCAUUGGAAAUCUGAUGCUAGUACCCAAUAGCGUCCACUUCACUGAAGUCUGUCUCACGUCAAAUCGUAUAGAGAGAGACUGUCCGAACCGUCGAUAUGUAUUUGAAAGGCAUCCACGAAAAAAAUUGAAAUUACCAUUAACCGAUCUCAAGGAAGUUAGUGCAGCUAACAGGACGGAUUGUGAAGAUAGGUGUCUGAACGAGUUUAGUUUUGUUUGUCGCUCCGCGACAUACGAUGCAGCAUUGAGAAGUUGUUCUUUGAGUCGUUUCACGAGAAGAACUCAUCCGGAACUUUUGGAGGACAAUCCGAAUUCCGAUUAUUUGGAAAAUACUUGUUUGAAUGCGGAACGCCGAUGCGAUGGUUUAGCCGUUUUUAUCAAAGAAGAGAACAAGCGUCUCCGUGGUCCAUUCGAGGUUGACAUUUACACGAAUCUAACCCUCGAAGAAUGUCAGGCACUUUGCCUAAGAGCAGAAAAGUAUUUUUGCCGGAGCGUAGAAUACGACGAGCAAACGAGACAGUGCGUAAUUUCAGAAGAGGAUUCAGUUUCACAAAAGGAUGAUAUUGGUAUCAGCAGCAGCCCAAGCUACCACUUCUACGAUCUGGUUUGUCUAGACAAUCAUCCGUCCGCCGUAGCACGAGGAUCCGAAUAUCCAGACAACAGCGUGACCUCUCACCUCUUCGCCCCCGGGCGUCGACCGGACACGGCCUUCCAGCGCUACCGAAAUUCACGCCUCAGCGGCGAGUUUCCUUCUGAAAUCACCGGACGAAGCCUCAGCGAGUGCCUCGACGAAUGUCUCAGGCAAACGAGUUUCCAAUGCAGAAGUGCUGUUUACUCUGAACACUUUCAUACUUGUCGCCUCAGUCGAUACAAUCAACGCGAUGGACACAGAAUUAUCUAUGACGCGGACUAUGACUACUACGAGAACUUAAUGCAUCAAUUCCUUGACGGAGACGGAUCUAUGCUCAGACCGGACCCUCUUGGCCAAGGUACCAAUGUAGGCAGACCAUCUCUUGGUGGACCAGGAUAUCCUGACUACGAUAAAGGCUAUCCUGGCGAUAAAGGUGAUCGUUACCCCGAUCACUACCCAAUACCAGGUGAUAGAUAUCCUGAUGACAGGUAUCCUGGUAGUGGUCAAUACCCGAUCGGAGGUGACCGUUAUCCAAGUGGUCCGGAUCGGUAUCCAGUCGGUGACCGUUAUCCUAUUCAUGGAGAUCCAUAUCCACCUAGAGGAGAUCGAUAUCCAAUUAGCAGCAAUAGAUACCCCAUUGGGGGAGGAUCCAUUGGGGAUAGAUUCCCAAUCGAAGGAAGUCGCUAUCCUAGCGGUCCAGGACCUAUAGACAGAUAUCCAAUUGGCCCAGAUCGUUACCCUACCACCUUAGAUCGGUAUCCUCUUCCGGAAGACCAUAUUGAUCGUUACCCCAUAGGACCGGGAGGGGGUAGACUACCCCUUGAUCGUUAUCCCGUGAGCGACAGAUUCCCAGAUAGAGAUCCUUAUCCCACGCGAGACCGAUAUCCAGGCCUACCAGGAAAUGGCUUAUAUCCAGGCGAAUAUGACGAUAUUCGCGGAACGAAAGGAUACGGAGAGCGACCCCUUUAUAGCGGUUUCCCGUACGGCCAUGCUCGACCCAUAAAUGACUAUGACGGUGGUUAUGGUAAUAGUAUAGGUGGUAUUAGUGGCGGCGGUUACAUAGGCGAGGGAGGAAUUUAUCAUUCUCGUCCAUUUGGAAAUAAUGGUGGACCAAUUAUUGGUCGGCCGCCGCUACUUUCCCGUUGCGACGAACAAGAUAAUUUUCGACAAGUGGGUGCCCGAACAAGAGUUCGGAAACCUUUUGUAAGAAGGUACACAACGGCUUCGUCUUUGGCACAGUGCGAAAGGGAAUGUGCAGACGCCCGAGACUUUGUGUGCCGAUCGUUCAACUAUAGACCGUACGCAGCGCCCUAUGGGGCGGAACGUGACAAUUGUGAAUUAAGCGACCGAGAUUCCAGAGACAUGGAUAUGGGAAAUCCUGUAUAUUAUGACAGUGGAUCUGAUUAUGAUUUUUACGAGAGGAACAAUGGUAGACAGGGUGUCGAUGGCGAAUGUCUUGAUGUGAGUCAAGUUUGUAACGAAGACGGUAUGGAAUUCACACUAAGAACUCCAGAAGGAUUUAUCGGAAGAAUUUACACUUACGGAUAUUAUGAUCGCUGUUUCUUCCGCGGAAACGGCGGUACGGUAAAUGUACUCCGGAUAAGCGGAGCCCAAGGAUAUCCUGAAUGCGGCACUCAGCGGUACGGCGACACGAUGACCAACAUCGUAGUAGUCCAAUUCUCGGAUUACGUGCAAACUGGCAGAGACAAGAGAUUCAAUCUGACUUGUCUAUUUCGAGGCCCAGGCGAAGCUGUCGUCACUUCCGGCUACAUCGGUGCCGGGUACGCCAGUAGAUCGGGGUCACCCAUCCCGAUCGAGUAUCUUCCAGCCGAAAAUACGUUAAGUUCUCGGGUACGUUUGCUGAUCCUUUAUCAAGGUCGACCCACGACAACCAUAGCGGUUGGAGAUCCACUGACCUUCAGAUUGGAAGCUCAAGACGGGUACAACUAUGUAACGGACAUAUUUGCAACCAACGUUAUAGCUAGAGAUCCAUAUUCGGGACGAAGUGUUCAGCUUAUAGACAGAUAUGGCUGCCCAGUGGACAACUUUGUUUUUCCUGGACUGGAUCGUCUUCGCGAAGGCGAUAGUCUCGAAGCUCGCUUCAACGCUUUUAAAAUUCCGGAAUCAAAUUUCUUAGUAUUUGAGGCAACAGUUCGUACUUGUCGAGACGGCUGUCAACCAGCUUACUGUUCGGGAAGUGCAGGAAGAAGCGAACCGUCCUUCGGUAGGAAACGAAGGGAUGUGGGCAACGAUACUUUAAUUGAAUCUGAUGAAGAUGUGGCAAAUAUGACAGUCUCAACGUCAACAAUGAAUACUACAAGCACCGAUGAGGAUGUUCAAAAAGAGGAAAAGCAAGAGGAAGAGAACGAAGAGGAGCACGUUCGAGAAAUGAUAGAGGUUUUCGACUCGCGCAUGGAUAUGAUUGAGGAGAAUAUUGUCGAAAAACAAACAAAAGUCGUCGAGACUGUUUGCAUCACUCCAAACGAAUACUAUGGAUUAGUUAUUGCAGUUUGUGGCCUUGUGGUACUUCUGGCAUCUGUUGUUGUCCUUUCUAUGAUUGUUUACAGGAAAUAUGCCUAUUCAGUGAUUAUGAAGAAUCGAAGAGCCGAUAAGACAUCACAUCACAGCUCCAAUCCUGAAGAUGCUUACAGUACUCGGGUGCAAAAUAAUUUUUCAUUUUUAAGAUCUGGACUACAAAAGCCAUUCCAAUCCACAUCUAUCUCGAGAUCAUUGAGCCACGUGAUAAAUCAACGCUUGAGCAGUGGCAGUGCAUUAGAAGGAGCUGUUGGUCUAGCAACUAAUCGAAGAAGCGGAUUUGAUCCCAGCGAGCCGAUUUAUACCGACCCAUCGCUUUUUGAAAUUGCGCACUGCUCAACGAAUGAGCCAAAAUCCGCGCGUAAUGACAAUUUUCAUUUCAUGUAAUGAACGUUUACCAUAUUAAAAAAAAAUACGAGUAAUAUUUGAUAUCGGUCCCUUCGCUGAUAAAUUGACAUUUACACACAAUUGGCCACUGAUUUCUGGACUUCAAUAAUUUCAUCUUGUAUAGCACACUGCGACAAUGACCUUGGUGUUGAAACAUUCUAUUAUUAUCAACGAAGGGUGAGAAACAUAAUAUCGAAAUAUGCGAGAAAUUAAACGUGUCCAAGAAGACUUUGAAAUAUUUCUCGAAAAGCGAAUAGCAUCAGUGUCAAUUAAUACGAUUUAUGAGAUGUAGCUUAGUCAGGUAAAUUCUUUUUGUAAUUAACGAUAAACUUAAGGUACUUAUUUUUAUUGGUCUUCGUUAGGAUUACUUGAUCCAGACAGCUACAACUGCCAAUGUUUAUAAUGAAUUUACUAACUGCCAAUAGAUAAGACUUUAUCGUAAUAUUGAAGUUUCCAAAUUUUGUAGAAUUCUCCAAAAAUAUUUAAAUUGGUUUCUAUGUCUCGUAAUCCACUACAUCCGCACACUGCCUUACUUAGACCAAUAAAUGAUAGUCGUAAUCAUAUUUAAUACAAAAUAUAACACGAGGAGGAUCCCUUUUCUAAGAAAAAAAAAAUACUUGAACUAUAGGCGAAGAUGAUUCGUCAGUAAUAAUAAUUGUUGUUUGAGGUAUCGAAUAAAGAUCUUAUAAAUGCUUUAUUCAUUGAAAUGUGUGGUGGUCAAAAAUUCAUUUAUCCUAUAAAUAUCAUAAUUUUUUCAAAAAGCAUAAACAAGUUAUUAAAUGUUAGGAUAAAUAUAAUUAAGUUAUCUAUGGCGAAAAUAAUACAUUUUGUAUUCAAUACAUAAAAACAAGAAUGCAAUCGCCAAAGCUCGCAAAAGCAAAACUGUGAAAUUAUUUUACGGAUUUCUUUACACUUUAGGUGAAAAAUUACGUUAUCAUUGCUGUUCAUCGAAUACAAAGAAGUGCAUUUAACAGUAAAAAUGUAAAAUGCGGGUACAAAGAUGGAGAAAUAUGUUUCAAGUAUUCUCCCCAUUUCGGAAUUAAUUGAAACAUUAACUAUAAUUGCAUUAUUCAUAAAGAGAAGCC